UUGGCAUGGUAGCAGUUCGGUUCUUCUUUACUAAAAUGGGGAAACUUAGAUGGGGUAUCUGCACAGCAGGUAAAAUUGCUCAAGACUUUUCAAACGCCAUUUGUGACCUAAAGGACCAUGCAAUCCAGGCGAUCGCGUCACGGUCUCUAGAAAGAGCAGAAGAAUUAGCUGAAAAAGUAGGAGCGAAAUCGAGCUAUGGAAGUUACGACUCUCUCGCCGCUGACCCGAAUGUUGAUAUCGUGUACAUUGGGAGUGUUAACAUUGCCCAUAUUCCUCUGUGCAAGCUGUUCCUGAAUGCCAAGAAACAUGUCCUGUGUGAAAAGCCUCUUGGUGUACAUUCUAAAGAAGUUGGUGAAGCAAUCGAAGUUGCAAGACAGAAUGGUGUGUUUUUCAUGGAGGGUUUAUGGAGCAGGUUCUUCCCGGCAUAUGACAAGAUCAGAAAACUACUUUUAGAUGGAGAGAUUGGAGAUGUGAAAUUCAUCACAGCGGAUUUCUGUUUGAAUGGGACGAGUAGUGGAAUCUGCCAUGAUAAAAGUGUAGGUGAUGGAGCCCUAUAUAAUAUAGGGAUCUACCCAAUCCAACUGGCGACCAUGGUGUUAGGACCAAACCCCACCUUGGUUCAAGGGGUUGGAGGUAUGACACAAACAGGUGUUGAUGAGAUUUGCAGUAUCACCUUGAAGUAUCCGGACCACAAGAUCGCUACCAUGGUAACCAGUAUUGCAGCUGACAGUAACAAUGUUGCCAGUAUUGUUGGGACCACAGGGAGAAUAAAUUUAACAGACAGCUUCCACGCCCUCAGUAAAGUGGAGUUAGUCCGAGGGUUUCCUGCGCCAGGCAUGUUUGAGAAAGAAGUCUUUGAGUUCCCUCUCCCUACCUCUGAACGAUCUUUCAAUUACCCUGGAUCCGUUGGGUUUCAAUACCAAGCAAAUGCAGUCAAGGAAGCAAUAGAUGAAGGAAGGACAGAGCAUCCCCUUCUGACCUGGUCAGAAACCUUAGCCAUCCACAAGAUCAUGGACAAACUUAGACACGACGUUGGGUACUACCGACCAGAAGAGGAGAAUGAAAAAGAGGGAUCAGUAUAAACUAUGGCUUCCUCAGAUUGUGAUUGAUUUCCUCUGUAAUCUAUAAAGCGGUAAGUGCACCAACAAAAUGUGUAAUCAGUCCUACUAAUAAAUAUUGUCUUGGUGCUGGCCUUGGCACUUUUAUUAAAGGUGAUUCCGACCCAAAUAAAAACUUGUUUUAGAGGGGAAAAAUUCAGUUAAGUACAGGCCUACAUAGGUGAAAGUUUGAACAAUGUCGGACAGACAAUAGGAGGGUUAUGAAUAUUUAAAAUGUGUAAAAAUUGGUGAUCUCUAUACCCAUGGGGAUUUCAAAUUGGCCGCAUAUGUGAUGUUACAGUGACAUAUUACAGGCAAGUACUACUCUUUCAUGUACUCCAAUACAUAAAAUGGCUAAAAUUUCUUUUUUUUUCCAAAAUUUUUACUUCAAAUUUUAUUUUUCUUUCAUGAGGACAUUAAACAUAGUGCUACAUGGGUUAUAUUAAGAUUAAUGCCCCAGGGGAAUGGGUACUUAGGAGAAAACCAGAAAUCCCUGAUAAUAAAGUACAUGGCCUAGGAAAGUUGUCCUUGCCACUUCUCAUAAUUUACUUAGCCAGUUGCCAAUUUGUAAUCUCAAUUUUCUUAGGGAUCUCAACUUUAAAGCAGCCAUAUCUUUCUUAUUGCUUGUCCGAUUUCUUUCACACCUUCACAAUUCUAUUCAUUUAUUUCUCUCCUUUACAACACAACAGUUUAUGGCCAAGGCUGGAUUCCCCUUAACCAUUAUUAUUGUGAAUAUUGUUUUACUAAAAACAUAGGGGGUUCUCCUUAUUCUACGACACAUGUCCUAGAAUAAGAAGCACCCCCCAUCAUAAUUUUUCAAGUAGAGCUAACAC